AUGCGUUUGACAAUAGUGAACUUAUUCUAUAUCUUGUGCUCAAUUAUAACAAUCUUAGUACUUAUAACAUGGACUUUCAAAAGACCAAAUAUAGGUUAUGAGUUUAAACUACAACAAAAUAAUUUGGCAUAUCCUACUCCCACGCCAACUAAUACACAACAAGUAACAACUAAUUUGGCUACGAACUAUCUUCGUUAUUUGUUUCCACAAAUAUGGGCCUGCCAGUCUCCAAAUUUCAAAGGCAAACCAGAUUAUUAUUCACAAUUUAGUGAAGAUAAAGCAUUACACAAAUGGAUCUUCAAUAACACAAAACAAAAUGAGAAUCCGGGCAUAUUUGUCGAACUAGGCGCAUUAGAUGGAUUAGCUGGUAGUAAUACGCUGUUUUUCGAGCGGAUGUUUGAUUGGCGUGGAGUACUUAUCGAAGCUCAGCCAGAAAAUGCUAAACAGCUGCUAAAAGCAGAUCGAAGAAAAACGGUGAAGUUGCCUAUCGGAAUAUGUUCUCCUCCACGAACCUACAUUCGAAUGCUCGGAGGACCCGGUUAUGUCGCUGGAAACAUCGAUACCAUGGAUCCAGAUUUAAGAAGCAAAUGGCAUGGAAAUAAUGACAAGACUAUAAAUGUAUCAUGUGGCCCGAUCGGUUCAUAUUUAACCGCAAUUGGAAUAACUCAUAUUGAUUUCUUCAGUCUUGAUGUUGAAGGAAGCGAGUUGUCAGUGCUACUUACAAUGGAUUGGAACAUACAAGUGCAUUAUUUUCUUAUCGAAAAUAACGCACAGAUGGCGAACGUAACGAAUCUCUUAAAAUCUCAUGGGUUUCGAGUAAACGACUUUGACCAUUGUUCAUUAUUUGGUGGUGGUUGUAUACGUAGUACACUGUUCGUUAACGACAACUAUCAGCGCCCCAACUUCUCCUUGAUAUGCAUAAAUAGCAUAUAUUCGAGCAUCACUUGAAAGAAACAGCAUGCUGCCCAUAGAAAUCGUUUAUCCGCGUUUUUAUGAAUAAACCUAAUAAAUCAUUCGUUAUCAAAGAUCUAUAACAGAUCACCUUUCAGAUUUGAUCAUCAUUUUCAGAAAAGAAUAUUAAAUCACUUCAAUCUAGUUGAUGACUUGAUUAUGCACAGUUGCUAUCAACGUUAUCUUGUGAAAGGAUGUGGGUGUGCGUGUGAGUGUGGGUGUGGGAGGGUGUGGCUGUGUGGCUGUGGCUGUGGCUGUGGCUGUGGCUGUGGCUGUGGCUGUGG